AUGUCAGGUUACCCCAACAAUUCCGGCUACGGUUACGGACCCUCGCCUUCCCAACCCUACUCAGCCCCCUACGGCGCUCCACCACCGGCCCAACCUUACGGCGCGCCACCACCGGCCCAACCUUACGGCGCGCCACCACCGGCCCAACCUUACGGCGCGCCACCACCGGCCCAACCUUACGGCGCAGCACCACAAUCAGCUCCAUACGGUGGAGAUUACAAACCCCCAAAAGACAACAAGCUAUCCGCUCCAUACGGUGCUCCGCCACCAUCUUCCUCUGCUUCUGGAUAUCCUCCUCAAUCUGCGCCGUACGGCAGUCCAUUUGCUUCUCUUGUGCCGUCGUCUUUCCCACCGGGAACGGACCCAAAUGUGAUAUCCUGUUUUCAGAUGGCCGAUCAAGAUGGGAGUGGUUUCAUAGAUGAUAAGGAGUUGCAGAGGGCUUUAUCUUCUUACAAUCAGAGUUUUAGCAUCAGGACUGUUCAUCUUCUCAUGUAUCUCUUCACCAAUACCAACACCAGAAAGAUCGGGCCAAAGGAGUUCACCUCAGUGUUUUACAGUCUUCAGAACUGGAGGGGUAUAUUCGAGAGAUUUGACAGGGACAGGAGUGGCAAAAUUGAUAUGUCGGAAUUGAGAGAUGCACUCCUAAGCCUGGGGUUUGCAGUUUCACCUGCAGUUUUGGAGUUGCUGGUCUCUAAGUUUGAUAAAAGUGGUGGAAAGAACAAGGCGAUUGAAUAUGACAAUUUCAUCGAGUGCUGCCUUACUGUUAAGGGACUGACUGAGAAAUUCAAGGAGAAGGACACCACUUACUCUGGUUCGGCCACUUUCGCGUACGAGUCAUUCAUGCUCACUGUUUUACCUUUCCUUGUUGCCUAAUUGUGAAGACCUCUGGUUUGUUUGAGUUUCAUGUAAGAAGCUGGUGCGCAUUUGCGUUGACAGUGCUUUGUAAUGACUUAUUGCAGUUAUGUUUACAACUUUGUUAGUUGAUGGAGUGGGUUCAUUUUGAGAUAUUAUUCAUAUUUGACUUGGAAGCAAGUUUAUCAUUUUGAAAUGAUCACCGGAGUCUUUUGAAGAUUGUGAAGGCAUCGAAAUUUGUAGUCAGGAAAAGCUUGUCUAGCUCAGUUGGUAGAGCGCAAGGCUCUUAACCUUGUGGUUUACUUACUGGGAAAAAAAAAAUUGUAGUCGGGGGUGGAUUAUCCCGUGACACACUGAUAUUUGAUACUUAAAUUUGG